AUGGGGUCCCUAGCUAGGGCCCUUGCUAAUGAAUAUGCUUAUCCUGAUAUCUCAAGCGUGUCGAAGCAAAAAUAUAAUCCAAACAGUAUUUCUGGCACUCAACCGGGUCUUCCGCUAAUGCUUGUUCUUCAUCACCUGGAACAAGCUAGUCUUCCAGCGGUUGGAGCAGAUAGAAAAACAAGUGGUUACUGGCUGUUAACAGGUGAUGGUGAUGGGUCUGAACUGCGGUCUCAGCAGACAUCUGCUAGCUUGCAUUGGAGUUUAGUUACCCUUUUUUGUCAGAUGCAUAAGAUUCCUCUGAGCACCAAGUAUCUUGCCAUACUAGCAAGGGACAAUGAUUGGGUUGGAUUUUUAUCUGAAGCGCAGCUUGGAGGAUACCCAUUUGAUACGGUGCUCAAUGUGGCAUCAAAGGAGUUUGGUGAUCAACGCUUAAAAGCUCACAUACUGACGGUUUUGAGAUAUGCCAACUCAAAAAAGAAAGCUACCAUAUCGUACUCAGAUGACAUAGGCAGAGGUUUUACAUGUUCCUCGACAGAGGAUGGAGCUUAUGUCUCUGGUGAACUCUUUCGUGUUUUGGCUUACUCUGAGAAGCUAAAGAAUCCUGGGGGAUACCUUUUAUCGAAAGCUAAGGAGUUAUCAUGGUCUAUAUUGGCCCUCAUAGCAUCAUGCUUUCCGGAUGUUGCUCCUUUAUCAUGCAUAACAGUUUGGUUGGAAAUUACUGCAGCCAGGGAAACAUCGUCUAUCAAGGUGAACGAUAUAACUACUAAAAUAGCAGAAAAUAUAGCAGCAGCCGUUGUAUCUACAAAUUCCUUGCCAACGGAUGUUAGAGGUGUCCAGUUUCAUUACAAUAGGAGGAAUACCAAACGGAGACGACUUACUGCACAUACAUCUGUGGAUUUGUUGACUUCAGCCAAUAGUUUAAACACCUCUGCUGGUAAAACAUUUUGUUCACAUAGAACAGAAGCUACAGAAGAUUCAAAAGCUGAAGAUAGUAGUGUUACUGAUGAUUCGUCUGAUGAGCAUGCGUCUCUAUCAAAAAUGGUCGCAGUGCUUUGUGAACAACGCUUGUUUCUUCCUCUGCUAAAAGCUUUUGAAUUGUUCCUCCCUUCAUGCUCUCUACUGCCAUUUGUCCGUGCUUUACAGGAAACAAUUGGUCUGUGCAUCAAAUGGAUGUGCAUAAUGCAUUUCUCCAUGGGGAUCUAA